AUGAAGAACUUAUUUCGACACAGCAGUCAGAAAAAAAACCGAUAUCCUCCGCCUGCUGGACCACCACCACCGCAAGCCAACCAAUCGAUCCCACAGGGCCACGCAGGGGCCUAUUACGGACAUCCUCCAACGAAUUCUCCCGUCUACCCUGGAGCCCAGAACCAACAAUACCCUCCUCCUCCAGGUCCUCCCCCGCCUGAUAAUCUUGCCGCCCCCGGGUAUCCCGCGAAUCAGUUCCAACCUGGCGUCGAAGACCCCUUGGCGAUGUUGAGUCGCUAUGAUACUGUUAUCUUGGUCGAUGAUUCAGGAUCAAUGGAAAUGAUGUGGGACGAAACGCGAGAUGCAUUGAUAGGAGUGGUGGAGAAAGCGAUCCAAUACGACUCAGAUGGGAUCGAUUUAUUCUUCUUCAACGACGCACAGCAGGCGCUGAACUGCAACUCACCAGACCAAGUUCGCCACGUCUUUCGGAGCGUCCUUCCUCGUCGAUCUACGCCCACCGCCGCCUCGAUCAAGAGGGUCCUCGAUCCCUAUCUUACGCUUUUGCAUCAGUCUAAAAACGGCGGACCGAUGGUUAAACCCAUGAAUCUCAUCGUCUUGACUGAUGGGGAACCUGAUCGCGGCCAAGAUCCUGAACAAGUCAUCGUCGAAAUCGGCCGAUACCUUGACUCGAAUAGGUUCCCAUUAAACCAACUUGGAAUAUCCUUUGUCCAGAUCGGAAAUGAUCCCGAUGCCACUCGACAUUUGAUCGCUCUCGAUGACGACUUGAAAGCUAAACAUAAAAUCAGGGACUUCGUUGAUUGUACUCCUUAUCAGGCAAAACGUUAUUACGUCUGA